CGUGCCAAAGAGCACCUGCUCAGAUAUGAGGAGGUUUCUUCAGAAGCUACGUGAGAAAAUAUUAUCAAAAGAUCUCCCACCCCCUUACAGUGUAAAUGACGAGGGAUUACAAAAUGAAAAUGAUGAACAACAAAACGAGGUUCCAUCCACCCCGACCCCAGUACACGAAGUAAUAGAUCUAUUAGCAAAUUGUGACAUCACCAAUACAAGUAGCAAUUUUUCUGAAGCGGAGUACGCUGAAAUUGGUGAUAUGGGUCUAUGGCACUCCACGCCUCUUCCACACAGGCACAAAUCAAAAAUUUCUCUCACGUGGGUGCUAAAGGAGAAUAUAGAUAAGAAAAUCCAAAGCGAAAAGUCUAUAUACACAGAGGAGAAAGAUAGAAAAAGUAGGGAGAGACUGAAAAAUGAUUGGACGAAUCGCAGAUUCAAGAGUGCAUGUGAUGAAUUUAAUGGACUAUAUUCAUGUUCAGAUUCAAGUGAUGAAACAGAAUACAUAAGGAAGAAACAUAGACACAGACACAGGAGAAAGAAGAAACACCCCAAGUUUGGGUACGAUAUAAAGGAUUUGGACAGCUUUUUAAGUGAGGCAACAUUAGAUCGUCCAGGGAACAUACCAGUUGUAAUUGCGUUUCCUACCACCUUAUACCAAACGCAGAAGAAUCUUCAACGAGAGUUGUCGUUGCCUUUGGGGACGGUGGUCAACGCAGUCUUCAAGAACCAACAGUGGUUGUAUGCCCAAACUCCACACGGCGAUGAAGGCUACGUUUUAUAUACCGCCUGUCUUCCCUUGGGUAUAUUACCAUCAAGGAGUUCCCUUCAAAAGAAAACUCCAUGUUGGGAGAGCAGCACCGACUUGUACCCUCAGCCAUGCGGGAAUCUCACAGACACUGAGAAAGAGCAAAUACGUGGCAGAACUCGUUCAGAAUGUAACUACAAACGUAGGCGGUUUAGAAGCUCCUGCGCAGAAAAAGACUUUGACACUUUAUACCUAAAAACAAAAUCUGUGUCCGAUGUAAGAAUAGUUAAAGAUUUCACAAGACAAACGUUAUUACUUGUAAACAGUGAUUACGUUGGAUGUGUGUUGAAUAAAACGUUAACUGUGUAUAAGGGUGAUGUGGUUACGUUGGUUCCGGGAUUGGGUGAAAGUGAUGUGGACUCAGAGUGGUUUUAUGUUAGGAAAAGUGAUGGGAGUGAAGGGUUUAUUCCUGCUGCCUUGACUGGAAACGGAUUUAUAUAAAACUAGCUGAGAUUGGGAAUAUCGUACCGCAGAACAUUUGAUGAAUUAAGGGGUAUCUUAUAGCUCAACAAAAAAAAAUAUCUAUUAAGUUAUUCUUUGGGAAAAUUAAAUGUCGAAGAAACUA